GAUGUGGGCAGCACCGGCUCCCCGCCGGAAGGCUUAGGCGGGCGCACGGCCGCUGCCGGGCAGAGGUUGGCUGAAGGGCUGGAGGCGCGAUGGCCGCGCUGGCUGCUCCUCGCCUGACCCGGGCUGGGAUAUUUCUUUUGCGGCCCAGUGCUGUGACACCUGCUCAUGCUCAGUCGCUCCAUGAGACACCAGCGACCCGCCAUGCUGACAGCCCCUCCCAGGUCCGGCAAAAGAGCACUAACAUCGUCCAGAAAAAAUCCUAUGUCCCUACCAGCCGGGGAGAGUAUAUUGUCACCAAACUCGAUGACCUAAUCAACUGGGCUCGUAGGAGCUCCCUGUGGCCGAUGACCUUUGGCCUGGCGUGCUGUGCGGUGGAGAUGAUGCACAUGGCGGCUCCUCGCUAUGACAUGGAUCGCUUCGGGGUGGUGUUCCGGGCCAGCCCCCGGCAGGCGGACGUCAUGAUUGUGGCCGGCACCCUGACCAACAAAAUGGCCCCAGCCCUUCGGAAGGUUUAUGACCAGAUGCCUGAACCACGCUAUGUUAUCUCCAUGGGAAGCUGUGCUAAUGGCGGCGGUUACUACCACUACUCCUAUUCCGUGGUGAGGGGCUGCGACCGCAUUGUGCCAGUGGACAUCUACGUCCCAGGCUGCCCACCCUCCGCCGAAGCACUGCUCUAUGGCAUCCUGCAGCUGCAGAAGAAAAUCAAGCGGGAGAAGAAUAUUCAAAUCUGGUACAGGAAAUAGCCUCCCUUAUUUAUGGCCUAGCUAUUCACCCCCGUUCCCUGACAGAGAAAUGUAUUUGUAUUGUCACGCACACUGCAGCUGUGGGCUGCACAAGCCUCACAAUAAAACAUCGUCUGUUUAA